UGUCGCUGCAGACUGAGCUGUCAGAGUUCAUGAGAAACUGUCCACAGAUAAACAUGACAGGACGACUCUCUGCACUCAGAACAGACGGUGUGGAUAAAAAUGUUUGGGUUGAGUUCACAAAGCUAGCAGCCGACUACAAAGCUGUGAACCUGGGUCAGGGAUUCCCAGACUUCUCCCCUCCAAAGUUUGUGCAGGACGCUUUCUGUAAUGCUCUGAAUGGAGGCCCGCUAAUGCACCAGUACACCCGAGCUUUUGGCCACCCAUCUCUGGUCAAAUCUCUGUCCAAAUUCUUCAGUAGGAUUGUGGGACAUGAGAUUGAUCCAUUUGAGGACCUCCUGGUCACUGUUGGAGCGUACCAGGCUCUCUACUGUGCUUUUCAAGCUCUGGUUGAUGAAGGAGAUGAGGUCAUAAUAGUUGAGCCGUUCUUUGACUGCUACCAUCCAAUGGUGAUGAUGGCAGGAGGAAAAGCGGUGUAUGUUCCUCUGAGGCCGAAAGCUGACAGCGGUGCCGUCCUGUCGAGUGGAGACUGGGUUCUCUCUUCUGAGGAACUUUCCAGUAAAAUAACUCCACACACUAAAGCCAUCGUCAUCAACACUCCUAACAACCCGCUAGGCAAAGUUUAUAAGACAGAGGAGCUCCAAAUGAUCGCUGAUCUGUGCAUCAAGCAUGACCUGCUGUGCAUCAGUGAUGAGGUGUACGAGUGGCUGACUUAUGACGGAGCCAAACACGUCAAGAUCGCCAGCCUUCCUGGGAUGUGGGAGCGAACCAUCACUGUAGGCAGUGCAGGAAAGACGUUCAGUGCUACUGGAUGGAAGGUUGGCUGGGCCAUGGGAGCUGGGAGUGUCAUCAAACGUCUGAAAGCCAUGCAUCAGAUGUCGGUGUUUGACUGUGCAACUGCUGCUCAGGAGGCGGUAGCUCAGGGAUUUGAGAGAGAGUACAAAGUCUUUGCUACUCCAGAGAGCUACUUCCAUCAACUGCCUGCUAUGCUGCAACAGAAGAGAAACAAGCUGGCCUCGUGUCUGCAGAGCGUGGGUCUGCAGCCCAUCAUGCCUGAGGGAGGAUACUUUAUCAUGGCAGACAUCUCCUCUCUCACGGUGGACUUUAAGGACCAGAGCGCUGAGGAUGAACCAUAUGACUUCAGAUUUGUUAAAUGGAUGAUCAAAGAGAAGGGUUUGGCAACAAUCCCGGUCUCUGCUUUCUACAGUCCAGAGCACAGCAAGGAGUUUGACAAAUACAUCCGAUUCUGCUUUGUGAAAGAGGACUCAACUUUGGAUGCAGCCGAGGACAUCUUGAGAAACUUUAGCCUGUAAAAUAAACACAUUAUGGAGUUCACACUAGUCAUGCC